GCGCCGGGUAACCUCGUUUCCGCGUGUCUAAGCGCCUAUUGUGACUUUGUGAGUUGUGACAGCUGUCCUAGAGGUAGGAGUUAUGCUGGUUGGGCCGUGAUUGUGCCAGUCGCGUGUAUACAACCCUGUCGCCGCGAACGUCCCGCGAAAGCAGUAGCAGCGCUCGACUCUGCGCCUCGUCCCCGAACUCGCGACCGAACCCGUUUUAAUUCUCGACGUCUCGAACGACAACACAUACACGGUGAAGGAUGACAAUGGGCGAUGAGACCCCGGUUACAUCACUGGUUCUUCCCGUCAUAUUAAGGCCAAUAUUAACCAAGCUGGAAAGGCAAAAUGUUAUGGCGGCGCAGACUCUACGCGCGGCUCUCUCGAAGGCCGAGAGUUCGCACCCUGGGAUCACGUACGACUUAAUUAUGGGUAUAAUACGCAGAGCAGAGCUGAAUCUUGAUAUGAACGAGAGUGUCUUGCGGUUGCAAGGCGCUGCUUCUGAUUACGAUGUUGUGGAGUAUCGCUCUGCACGUUCGGAAGACGCAUUUCAAGAACUGAAUCGUAAAUCGACCUCUUUGAAGAGAAUACUUAGCAGAAUUCCCGAUGAGAUCACAGACAGGAAGACUUUUUUAGAGACAAUCAAAGAAAUUGCGAGCGCAAUAAAGAAACUUUUAGACGCCGUGAACGAAGUUACUGCAUUUAUACCCGGUUCAGCUGGCAAACAGGCCUUAGAUCAACGCAAGAGAGAAUUUGUGAAAUACAGUAAAAGGUUCAGCAACACGUUAAAGGAGUACUUCAAGGAAGGACAAGCAAACGCAGUAUUUGUGAGUGCACUGUACCUGAUACAUCAAACAAAUAUGAUUAUGCUCACAGUAAAGGACAAAUGUGAGUAAACACUUUCACAAUAAAUUUCCAGUGUUGUAUGUGAUAAUACACCGAGAGUCAGCUAAACCGUAAAUAUUACAAUCUGCAUAACAUUCUAAUCUCACAUAUAUUCUAUUAUACAAGCAAUGAUAGAAAUCUAAAUAUCCGGUAUAGAGGAUUUAAUAUCAUUAUGUUGCCGUUAAUCGGUUGCACUAUAGUUUUUGUUAUAUAUAUAGAUAUAUAUAGAUAUAUAAAAUAAUAAAGAUGUUGGGGUAUAUUAUUCCACAAAUUAUAUAUUUAUACUAAUUUUAUUUUGUGCCAAUUCAAGCAUCAUAUUAAUCGUCAAUUCUUAUUGUAAUGGUCAAUAGUAGCGUAUACAAGAAAUGUUCAGAUAAAAAAAAACGAUCUUGUUGUUAUAUGAAAAUAAUAUAUCGUGUAUAUUUCCUUUUAUCCUCUCGGAACUCUAAAGAGUAUAAAAUUUUAAUAAAACACUCUGGACUAACAUUGAAACUUAUUUAUAAUAAUAUUCAGGUUUAAAACGACGAAAAAUGCAGUUGGAAAUGGUAUUUUUCUUAUUUAAUUAAUUUUCAUGAAACCAUCUGUUUAUACUCUUUAGAAUGAAAUAAGGGUAGAGCGACGGAAGUACGGUGAGAGGAAUUACAAGGGAAAAAUGUACAAGAAAUAAAAAUUACUUUAUUGAUAACAAA